GUGUGACUUUGGGAAAGCGCGGUGUGGACCAUGAGUCGCCAAAUACCCCUCCCCCGCUUCUUGGUGUUUCCUCCAAAAAAGUCAAGACUAUUCACCACCUCCGCCACAAUACGGGCCGCAACCCCGACAUUACUCACUCCGAAACCCCGGCUGUACUCAUCGGCCCAGUACUUAACCAGCAGAGUUUCAGCCAGUCCUUUGUUCUCGUGCCGUACCUUCUCCACCACCGUCCGCACCACCGGCCGAUUCGAAGUCCGGGAAACCCAGCUAUCCACGCAAGAGAACGAAAUGGCGACCACCAAAACCGGGCAGCCGCUUGACCGCGGCAUUCUCGACACGCUCCUGCGCCGCCGACUCUUCUACACGCCCUCGUUCGAGAUCUACGGCGGUGUUUCGGGGCUCUACGACUAUGGGCCCCCGGGCUGCGCCCUGCAGGCGAACAUCGUCGAUGCUUGGAGGAAACAUUUCGUGCUCGAGGAGGACAUGAUGGAGGUCGAUUGCACCAUGUUGACUCCUCACGAUGUCCUGAAGACCUCUGGACACGUCGAUAAGUUUGCCGAUUGGAUGUGCAAGGACCCCAAGACGGGCGAGAUCUUCAGGGCCGACCAUCUUGUCGAGGAGGUCUUGGAGGCAAGGUUGAAGGGUGAUCUCCAGGCGAGGGGCAUCAAGAUCGAAAAGGAAGAGAGUGAUGAUAAGAAGAAGAAGAAGGUCAAGGAGAUCAAGGCCGUCAAGCUGGACGAUGCUGUCGUGCAGGAAUACCAGGAGACUUUGGCAAAGAUUGACAAUUACGAUGGCGCUGAGCUCGGCGAGCUCAUCUUCAAGCACAACAUCACCAACCCGGCCAAUGGAAACCCGUUGGAGCCCCCGGUGGCCUUUAACCUGAUGUUCUCGACCUCAAUUGGUCCUUCCUCGAACCUGCCCGGUUACCUGCGCCCCGAAACUGCACAGGGCCAGUUCCUUACCUUCUCCAAGCUGUUGGAAUUCAACAACGCCAAGAUGCCUUUCGCCUCUGCGUCCAUCGGAAAGUCCUUCCGUAACGAGAUCUCGCCCAAAUCCGGUCUUCUCCGUGUCCGCGAGUUCUUGAUGGCCGAAAUUGAGCACUUCGUAGACCCCAACGAGAAGUCUCACCCCCGCUUUGCCGAGGUGGCCGACACCGUCUCCCUCAACUUCCUGGACCGUCACAUCCAGCAGUCCGGCAAGACCACGCUCGUCACCAAGACUGUCGGCGAGGCUGUUAAGGAGGGAAUGGUGGACAACGAGACUCUCGGAUACUUCCUCGCUCGCAUCUACCUGUUCCUGACCGAGCUCGGCAUUGAUCCCGAGAAGCUCCGUUUUCGUCAGCACAUGCCCAACGAGAUGGCCCACUACGCCGCUGACUGCUGGGAUGCCGAGCUCCUGACUUCGUACGGCUGGGUCGAGUGUGUUGGCUGUGCCGACCGUUCUGCCUACGAUCUUACCGUGCACUCCAAGAAAACCGGCCAGCCGCUGAUCGUCCGCGAGAACCUGGACAAGCCCGUUGAGUGGGAGGAGUGGGACGUCGACGUGGACAAGAAGUGGAUGGGCCCGCGCUUCCGCAAGGACGCCAAGAAAGUCGAGCAGGCAAUCGAGGCGAUUCCGCAAGCGCAGCGCGAGAUCCUCGCCGUCCAGAAGGCGAACGGCCAGCCCGUGAUGAUCACCGUCGAGGGCCUUGGCGAAGUCAAGCUCGAAAAGGUCGAGAUCGUCAAGCGCAAGAAGCAGCAGCACGUCCGCGAAUACACGCCGAAUGUCAUCGAGCCGUCUUUCGGUAUCGGCCGUAUCUUCUACUCGUUGAUCGAGCACAUCUACUACACGCGCCCCGAAGACGCUGCCCGCGGCGUGCUCGCGUUCCCGCCAAAGCUAGCACCCACAAAGGUCCUCAUCGUCCCCCUCUCCUCCAACAGGGACUUUGACGCCACCGUCGACAAGCUCUCGCGCACCAUGCGCAAGGGUGGAAUCGCAAACCGUGUAGACGCCUCGGGCGCCAGCAUCGGGAAGCGGUAUGCCCGCAACGACGAGCUGGGCACUCCCUUCGGUGUCACUGUGGACUUCCAGACGCUGAAGGAUAACACCAUCACUCUGCGAGAACGUGACACGAUGAAGCAGGUGCGCAGCAGCAUCGAGGACGUUGUUAAGAUCGUCAAGGACAUCAUUGAGGGCACGGAGACUUGGGAUGUGGUCGUGGAAAGGUUGGGCGAGUUCCAGGGUCAGGAGCUGGAGUAAAUUUGCCUUUUCUUGUAAUUUCAAGAACGGGUGGCUAGAUGUACACAGCAAUCUAGAUCUUGCGGGAUGAUUGUUCUUUGCUG